AUGCGAUUUGCGAGAAUAAAGGCUAUUGUUAAGUCCAUCCGUGUAACCGAGUUUGUGUCUACUGUUGAAAUGGAAUCGCCUAUUAUACAAGUUACUAUUAAUGAUGGAAUAAUUCAAGGAAACCAACGAACAAAUAUUGAUGGUGAAAAGUUCUGUUCAUUCUUGGGGAUACCGUAUGCAAAACCUGCCGUUGGUGACCUUAGGUUUAAGGCUCCUGAACCAGUAGAGCCCUGGACUGGCAUCAAAGAUGCUACUAAAGCUGGAGAUCCUUGUUACCAAAGAAAUGAAUUUUCAUUUGCUAUAGUGGGCUCAGAAGAUAACUGCAUGCAUUUGAAUGUCUAUACGCGAACAUGUACUCCUGAAAAACAAAUACUAAAACCGGUGAUGGUGUUUAUUCAUGGAGGAGCCUUUCUACAUGGCAGCAAUGAUCCUAACCUAUAUGGUCCUGAGCAUCUCUUAUUAGAAGACAUCGUACUAGUAGUUAUCAACUACCGGGUAGGCUUCUUAGGUUUCCUUCAUCUAAACGACACCACGCUAGACGUUCCCGGAAAUGCUGGAUUAAAGGAUCAACGAUUAGCACUUCAGUGGGUUCAGAAAAAUAUUCAAUAUUUUAAUGGUGAUCCGAAUAAUGUUACCAUCUUCGGAGAAAGCGCAGGUAGCGCAAGUGUGCACUACCAUGUCGUUUCACCUUCCUCUAAAGGCCUUUUCCACAAGGCUAUAAUGCAGAGCGGGACUUUACACAAUCCUUGGCCUUAUUCCAACGAUGUGGCUCUUGAAUUUGCUCAGAGUAUAAAAGAGGAUGUUAAAACUGAGAAGGAAGCUUUACAGCUUUUAAGAAGUUUGCCUAUAAAUGAGUUGUAUACAUUUCAGGAGAAAUAUAUUAAGGUCAAAGGUGUAUGGGGUGUAGCGGCACCGAAUAUUGAAUAUCUCAACAAAACAGCAAUUAUUACUGCUCCGGCUACUCAACUUAUAUCCUCGGGUCAAUACAAUAAAGUUCCAAUAAUGUUAGGUUUUACUCAAAGAGAAGGACUUCUAUUUGAGGCCCACAAGAAUUUACAGAAAGCUGCAGGAAUUGAACCGGAGAAAGAUAUUGAUUUGGAAUCGCUUGUUCAUCCGCAUCUAAAUUUAGAGAAAGAUGAUGCAAAAAGGCAACUAAUUGCUAAAAAAUAUGCCGAUUUUUAUUUUCAAGGAGAAAAUGCUAAAGACAAAGUUAUGUUGUUGACCGAUUUCUUCUUAAUUGCGGGAAUUGUGGGAUCUGCUAUAAAACAUACCAAGACAUCCACAAAUCCAGUAUAUUUAUACAGAAUGACAAUUGACGCAGGAUUAAAUGUAUUUAAGAAAAUUACAAAUAUAAAUGAGCCAGGAGUCUGUCAUGCUGAUGACCUUGGUUACCUCUUCCAUAUGCCUCUAGCAGCCAAAGUUUUACACAAAGGGCCUCUAGAAGACAAAGUUCUAAGACGUUUUGUUAAGUUGUGGACCAACUUCGCUAAAACUGGUAACCCAACUCCACAAGAAAGUGACUUAAAUAUUACGUGGAAGCCAGUUACUGAAAAUGAUGUAUACUAUUUGGAUAUUGGUGAAGAACUUUCGUUGCAAACUAAUCCGGAACCAGAAAGAAUAAAGUUUUGGAGAGAUAUAUUCCAACUCAGUCCAUUUACUAUAGAUCAUUUGUAA